AUGAGCGGCGCGCAACCUCGCUCGAGAGUGUCGUCAUCCACCAUCUCGGUAGAGAGACUGACCCCAAAACUCCAGCCCGCAAUUGACGGGUUAGCUAGCUGCUGCCAUAACCCCUCAGGGUCGAUUGAAGAAGCAUCCGGAGCCACCGAACAUCUCCUUCUCAUACACCAUACGCUUAUCGACGACCACCAACCUCAAGAGGCAAAGAGCCUGUUUCGUCAGCUCAGAGGGUUCGAAAACGUCUUAGGACUCCUAGAACGUUUGGCAGAUCUAUACAAACCGGACACGAUAGGGGAUGCAGACGGGAAGUUACUCCUGUCAAUUGUUAAAGAUUCCCUAUGCAUUGUUGCGGAAAGCUUGAAAGAUGAUCCGGGAAACAAACGAUAUUUCGGCAAACGAGAUAAUGUGGCUGGAAUCAUCGCGUAUGAACGCAUACUCUCAGGCCUGGCUGUCAAGCUGAAUAACACUCAGGAUGUUGAACUCCUUUAUGGCGGCCUGUUGGCAGCUGGUCUGGGAAAUGAGACCAUGUCACAAUUCUUCUCAACUGUCAGGAAGAAGGCAGAGGAUGCUGAGUCAAACACCUUGCUUUCGCUCUCCGAGCUGGUUAACCGCAGUCUGGGAACUGGGGAGGUAGUAGAAAACCCAGAAUUUUUCGGGCCGUUAUUGCGAUUAUGGCUGGCACAAACUGCUGAACAAGAGACCUAUCCAGUUCUUCGACUCUCGGUUCCACUAUGUCUUACUCGUCUUGCUUCAUUGUCCCAACGGAAUUGUCUAGCUCUCCAUUCCACAGGCAUUCUCUCUCCGCUCUUAACCCUUGUAACAGUACCUGAAAGAUCAAAGGAAGAGUUAGAAGCGUACCUGAAACUGACCACAAUUUUAUGCCAGCAUGGCGUUAACUCCCUGCAGGAUGCUAUACAACUCUACCAAAAGGCCCAAAAGGCACCCCAGGUUUCCAGGUUCCUAUUAGAUGCAUUGAAGUCUUCAAAAAGCCCUCCUUGUGUGCACUUUGACCUUUCAUCCCAUGGAUAUAGCUCGAUCGAAUUGCCAACUUUGGGAAGACCAUUUCCCUCUAUUACCUCUAGUGGUUAUACUCUAACCAUCUGGGCACGAGUUGACAAAUUUGAACCAGACACCCAUACUACCCUGUUUGGUGCCUAUGAUGCUACACAGACAUGCUUCCUUUUAGUCUAUCUUGAGAAGGAUACUCAUAACCUUAUUUUGCAAACCUCAAUUAAGGGUGUGAGACCCAGUGUUCGUUUCAAGGCCACAAAAUUCCUGCCUGGUCAAUGGUACCAUAUUUGCAUUGUGCAUAAACGGCCCAAAACGCUGUCUUUAUCCCGUGCGCUUCUUUUCGUAAAUGGUGAAUUUGCAGAACAGCUCAAAGCAGAUUACCCGGUUGUACCAAGACUUCGGGUGAACCAGAAGAAUCCUCAGAUUCAAGCAUUUUUAGGAACUCCUCGGGAUCUUGCUGUUAGAGUUGGGAAAGGCGUAUCUUCCUCGAAAUGGUCACUUGCCUCUGCUAUUCUAUUUGAUGAAGCUUUCAAUGAUGACCUUAUAGCUGUGCUUUGCCAUCUUGGGCCUAGAUAUUAUGGGAACUUCCAGGAUUGUCUAGGCUCCUUCCAGACGUACAGGGCGUCUGCUAGCUUGAAUUUACGCAAUGAGAGCCUCCAUGCUGGCAAGGAGGACCAGUCAGACAUUGUUUCCGUCAUUAGACAGAAAGGCAGCAUUUUGAUUCCCGAAAGCUCUGUCCUGCUCAAUAUAUCACCCACAUCGGUUAUGGAUGAUGAUGAUACCAAUAACAUUGAUGAAUCACAAUUGGUGAAAUCACUCUCAAAAACUGCUGGCAAGAAUUUAACUCAACUCACCAAAGUCAAGGGCAAUUCCAUUGUCAUCAAUGGAGCCGUUCCCGCAAUUAAUGAUGCCCUAACACAACCUCACGGAGUUGCAAUACUUACGGGAGACCCGGUGGUUAUUGUCCCACAAUCUCUCGAUGAUGUGAGUUGGCGAAUUGGUGGGUGUGCAGGCGUCCAUCUCAGUUUGGUUGAGGCGGCAACAACCCGCGAAUCGCUUCAUCUUGCUCUAGAACUGCUCUUUGAAGCUGUACAGGACAACUGGAGGAAUAGCGAAGCCAUGGAAAAGGAGAAUGGAUACGGUAUACUCGCCAUGCUCCUGCGGGAAAAACUUGGGUUUCCAUCACCUGUGCAGAGUUCUCCUUUAAAAACAAGUCCAGUGUGCAGCACUACACAAGAACGCAACGAGGCAUCUAUGGAACUUCUACUACCAAUCCUCAGAUUUGUAGGGUAUGAUUUUGAGAACCCGAAAAAGUCUUUAAUCAUAAAUCCAUUGGCAUACCGGAUCCUAUUAAUAGACCUGGAUAUAUGGAGGCAAGCUGAUUUGCCAUUGCUGGAAAUAUACUAUUCCCAGUUCCGAACUUUUUGUGUGGAGAGCCAUUACCACAGGUUCAAUUCAAAGCGGCUGUCCAGAAUGCAAGCCCUGAAAGCGGAAAUUUUCACAGCAGCAACUUUGAAGCUAUUCGUGGCAGCAUUCAAGAGCUUAGUGGGUGCUUGUAUGACUGCGGAAGUUCUUCGUUCUGUAUCGCUGUUCAUUACAUUUUCCAUACACUCAGCAAAGCAGCGAGUGAACAAAACCAACAAAAAUAGAAAUACCCGUUUUGACAUACGGUCCCGACGAACAGGAAAUUUAUACUCUGAUCACGUCCCAGGCUACGUUUCAAAGGAACAAAUUGGGGUGGAAAUUUUGCGGGUGUUUACCGAAGUCUUUUGUAACAGCGAAGAUACGGCCAGCAUCCAAAAAUUUGCCAGGACAGUCACUAAUAAGUGGCUAUUAUACCUCCUAUCAGAAGACAACCCAGAUGUAGUGAUAUUAGUCACGAUGAUUUUAUCUCGGCUGUUUAUUGUUCAUGGCACUGCUUACACCAAAAAAUUUGCAGAGAAGGCGGGUGGGUUCGUGGUGAUGCGGCACCGACUCAAGAGAUGGUGGAACUUAGCACCAUUGUGGCCAUUAUGUUUCUCCAUCCUCUUUGGUCUGGAUCCAGGCUCGAUUAACUUGGAUAAAACUUCCGGUACCUCAGAUCUUCAGCGACUCUUGUCUUCCCCCGAGGCCCUCAAAGUGUCGUUUCCAGAGGUUCUGCCUGUGAUUACAGGAAUGCUCCAGCUUGGCUUGAAAGCAUCUGUGAUGCCUAGGAGUGGUUCUCCGUCCAGCCAUGCAGAGGAUGACGAUGGCGUCACCCCGGGGCCUAUAUCAUCGGACCACGACAUUUUAAAAUCCGUUGUGGAUUUCCUGGCUCGUAUACAUGAAAAGUCUCAAAACUUUCGUGAUUUUACAGUGACAUCCAAUUAUGUCGAAGAACUCCUGCGAGCUUUAUACCCCGUAGUAGUUGGCUCUGAUAUAGUCAAUGCGGGUUUUGAGCUAGAGUCCAAUUCAGAAGGACUACGAUUUGGUGGGGAUUCGGUUACAAUUCAACCACUCCAGGGGGCUAGACCGAUUGUACGCACUAGUACAGUUGAGGGGACAGAUGCUCAAGAAAACGACAAUGAGCUUCACCGAUCGUCAUCAUUUAUCCUGGUAUCAUCAAAUAAAUCAAAAUAUUCCCCUUCUCCCGCCCGAUUGCAGCAAAUUGUGACGCCUGUACCUGAUGCAGCAAGCCCCCGUCCAAGCAAUCCUGUGGCCAACGAUAUCCUUGAUAUCCUUUUAGCUGUUUACACAGAUCAGCUUUGUUUGCUAGGAUACCUCCCGGAAAAAAAGAUAUCGAAGGACAAGAAAGUGCUUGUUGAACCCCGCGUUUUGAACAACCUGUCACGACUACUCUCAUACGUGGCUGAAGCCGUGUAUGGAGGAUGGUUUAUUGAUGGAGCAAUGGCUACGUUGAACUUUAUCGGCCCUGUUCUGGAAUACUUACAAGAGCCAGAUAUUGCUUCUUUGAAAAGCGUCCGGCUUUGCAGCCAAACGAUUGCUGGCAUCCGUUCGACGGUAUUUCGGACUGUACUCCUACGGCUUUCUGCAGCUGAAGGAGAAAACGCAUACACCUUCCUACAACAGCUCACAUACUGGCAAACAGUCCUUUUGUCUCAUGAAGAGUCUCCGAACGAGCAACUUCAACUAAUAUAUUAUUUAUUAUACUCUAAAAUAGUGACGGAGAAAGAAAAUGUUCGCGUGGCAGCGGCGGGGUUGUGGAGAAUUACCCUCGUUCAAAAACCGUCAGAAACCUCUGCAAUUCUUGGUCAGGCCACUCCAUCGCUCCAUAGGCGGCUUUCAUUAGGCUUCCAAAAACUCGUCGGAAUGGACGAUGAUAGCUUUCUUCACUGGAUUGAUGAUCAACGCGACGACCUUGAUUGCUUUUCCUUUGGUGCUCUGUGUAAAGGCUGGGAAAGCUUUGUUCGUGAUGAGAACACCAAAACUCAAGAAACGGCGCGGAUAAGAGCAUCUAAAAGGAAGGAAAAGUUAAAGCAGUGGACCCAGAUUGAGUCUAUAAACGAAGAGAUCCUGCGUAAACAUGGUAUUACGUUCGGGCAUUGGACAGCCAAUAUAUCCGUGUCGGAAGGUUUAAAGCACCAGCGAGCAGUCCAAGACCAACAGGAUGAUUUCAACUUCAUGGCUUCUGCUUUUUCCCGGAUGUACACGAAUUUGAGACGUGAGAAUGGCUUCCUCGCAACUCAAUCAAAGCAUAACUGGCGCCUGGACCAGACAGAGGGGCGCAGCAGAAUGCGUUUACGUGUAACACCAGACGAUUCAACUGCCAAACGGGAUUAUCAGCCAAAAAGAAAAGUCACUAAUGAUACUCCUGAAAUCAAAUUGGAUAUUCGCACACGCCCUGCGCCCGAUAGUGAUAUGAUUAAUCUGUCACCUCCCACGAUUGUACCCGACUCCGUUGACACGGAAUCUCUUGAUAACGAAACUGAAGAUAAAUCCGCGACUGAGGAUAGCUUUGAGUUGAUCGACGAACCAACAGGCAACGAUCCUUAUGAAGAUAAGAAUCGGAAAGUGAUGAAAAAUCUCCAACGAGGCGAUCAAGUACAAUACGUUUGCAACAUCUCCCGCAUUAUUGGGCUUGAAGCUUGCGAGGGCCUGUUGAUAUUGGGAAAAAUCAGCCUUUAUAUAAUGGAUAAUUUUUUCCAGCGCUCUGACUGUGAGAUCGUCCAUGUGUCGCAAGCGCAUCCUGAUGAAAGAGAUCCUUAUGUUCGCGUCAUUUCUGGCAGAGAAUCUGAUGAUCGGAAACACAAUAACGGCGCCCAUAGAUCUAGAAGCUGGAUUUGGGCGGACGUUGUUAGUGUGUCGAAGCGCCAAUUUCUCUUCCGCGAUGUUGCCUUGGAAAUAUUCUUCUCUGAUGGGCGGAGCUACCUGUUUACCCUUAUCUCUGCCAAGCUACGCAACGAGCUCUAUAACGAGCUUAUAUCCCGUGCACCCCAAAUACAUAGCAGUACUAGCUCAACAGAAGACUCAUGGCGCUUUGAGACUUUACGCAGUGAAGGAAAUAACUCACAGUUCUUUGGAUCAAAACUUGUGAACGUCUUCAGCCAGAUGCCUUCCCACCCGGCAACACGGAAGUGGCUGAAGGGUGAGAUGUCAAACUUUCAUUAUCUGAUGCUGGUUAAUACGCUCGCAGGUCGAACCUUCAAUGAUUUGACUCAAUACCCGGUAUUUCCGUGGAUUCUUGCUGAUUAUACCAGUGAAGAGCUCGAUCUUACAAACCCAAGAACCUUCCGUGACCUUUCGAAACCAAUGGGAUGUCAAACGAUAACACGCGAAGCAGAUUUUAGGAGCAGAUACCAAUCUUUUGCAGAAAUGGGAGACGAAAAUGCUCCACCCUUUCACUAUGGGACACACUACUCUUCUGCCAUGAUCGUGUGUUCAUACCUGAUACGUCUCCAACCAUUUGUCAAAUCUUAUCUCCUCCUGCAGGGCGGAACGUUUGAUCAUGCCGACCGCCUGUUUUUCUCAAUCCCUGAUGCGUGGAACUCUGCAUCACGACUUAAUAUGACCGAUGUUCGAGAGUUGAUCCCGGAGUUUUUCUACUUGCCAGAGUUCCUCUCAAACUCCAACAACUAUGACUUUGGGAUACGGCAGAGCACAGGCCAAUCGAUUGAUUCUGUGGAGCUUCCUCCGUGGGCAAAAGGAGACCCAAAGAUCUUUAUAGCCAAACACCGCGAGGCGCUUGAAAGCCCGUUUGUUACCCGCAAUCUACAUCAGUGGAUUGACUUGAUCUUUGGUGCCAAACAACGAGGUGAAGCGGCUCUGGAAGCCGUCAACGUUUUCCACCAUUUGUCUUAUCGGGGCGCCAAAGAUCUUGAUAGCAUUGAAGAUCCCAUGGAGAGACUAGCAACCAUAGGAAUCAUCCAUAAUUUCGGCCAAACCCCUCAUCAGGUAUUUCACAAACAUCAUCCAGGACGGGAAGAAAUCCAAAACAAGCCCAUUCGGCUGGACUCUUCCGCAGAUUCAUUAACCCGUUUACCAUUUACCCUGCUAGAUAUUCAAGAACGAGUGGCUUCCCUGUCCUUCUCAGUGAAACAAGACCGCCUUCUUUGUGCAGCAGCAUUUCGACUCAACAUCCCCCCAACCUAUGAUAAGUAUAUGGAGUGGGGGUUCUCUGAUGGAAGCGUCCGUUUUUAUGCGGCCGAGUCAAGAAAGGUACAGUACAAUCUCCUCUAA